UAGAGUACUGCACAAGUCUUUCAUGAUCUUCUAAGUUCUAAUCCUCAGACUUUAUUAUUCUCUCACCAUCAACUCCCCACCCUAUAAAAUCAAACACACAAUCUCUCUCUCUCUCUCUCUCUCUCUCUCUCUGUCGCUUUCAUAGCUUCUCUCCCUCAGGAUUUGGUUGUGUAGUAGUACUCUGACAGACAUAACAAUUUCAAAUGGCUUCUCCUACUCUAAUCUCUGACACCGGGGCCUGGAAGGACUUGAAGGGCCAUGUUGAGGAGAUUAACAAGACUCAUUUGCGUGAUUUGAUGGCUGACGCUGAGCGAUGCAAGUCUAUGAUGGUUGAGUUUGAUGGGGUUUUGUUGGACUACUCGCGGCAGCGUGCCACUAAUGAAACCGUGGAUAAGCUCUUCAAGUUGGCAGAGGAAGCAAAACUUAAAGAAAAGAUUAACCGCAUGUACAAUGGGGAGCAUAUAAACAGCACAGAGAAUAGGUCAGUGCUUCAUGUAGCUCUCCGUGCUUCAAGGGAUGCAGUUAUACAGAGUGAUGGAAAGAAUGUGGUCCCAGAGGUCUGGAGUGUUCUGGACAAGAUCAAGGACUUCUCUGAGAGAGUCCGCAGUGGUUCUUGGGUUGGAGCCACAGGAAAAGUACUGAAGGAUGUUGUUGCUGUUGGUAUUGGUGGCAGCUUCUUAGGACCUCUAUUUGUGCACACUGCUCUUCAAACAGAUCCAGAGGCUAUCAAAUCUGCAAGGGGACGCCAGCUACGUUUUCUUGCAAAUGUUGAUCCUAUUGAUGUUGCUAGAAAUAUCACUGGAUUAAACCCUGAAACUACCCUUGUUGUGGUGGUCUCAAAGACCUUUACAACAGCUGAAACUAUGUUGAAUGCUCGAACUCUUAGGGAAUGGAUUUCAGCUGCUCUUGGGCCUUCUGCAGUUGCAAAGCAUAUGGUGGCAGUUAGUACUAACCUUAUGCUGGUGGAGAAAUUUGGCAUUGAUCCUAAUAAUGCUUUUGCAUUUUGGGAUUGGGUUGGUGGCCGCUAUAGUGUUUGCAGUGCUGUUGGAGUUUUGCCAUUAUCUCUCCAAUACGGUUUCUCAGUUGUUGAGCAGUUCUUAAAGGGAGCCUCAAGCAUUGAUCAACAUUUCUACUCAGCACCACAUGAGAAAAAUAUACCUGUGCUUUUAGGUUUGUUGAGUGUAUGGAAUGUUUCAUUUUUUGGGUAUCCUGCAAGAGCCAUCUUACCUUAUUCCCAAGCCCUGGAGAAGUUUGCUCCACACAUUCAACAGGUUAGCAUGGAAAGUAAUGGCAAGGGUGUCUCAAUUGAUGGGGUCCCACUACCUUUUGAGGCUGGUGAAAUUGACUUUGGUGAGCCAGGAACAAAUGGUCAGCACAGCUUCUACCAAUUAAUUCACCAGGGACGUGUUAUUCCUUGUGAUUUUAUUGGUGUUGUGAAGAGUCAGCAACCUGUCUUCCUGAAAGGUGAGGUGGUGAGUAACCACGAUGAGCUCAUGUCUAACUUUUUUGCACAGCCAGAUGCCCUUGCAUAUGGGAAGACCCCAGAGCAGUUGCACAAGGAGAAUGUUGCACCACAUCUCAUUCCUCAUAAAACAUUCUCUGGCAAUCGGCCUUCUCUCAGCCUUCUGCUUCCAUCAUUAAAUGCUUACAAUAUUGGACAGUUGUUGGCCAUAUAUGAACACAGAAUUGCUGUGGAAGGUUUUGUAUGGGGAAUCAAUUCUUUUGACCAGUGGGGAGUUGAGUUAGGGAAGUCACUGGCUACUCAAGUCAGAAAGCAACUUCAUGUGUCUCGUACAAAAGGCGAACCAGUGGAGGGCUUUAAUUUUAGCACUGCAACAUUGUUAACAAGAUAUUUAGAGGCAACUGCAGAUAUCCCUGCUGAUCCUCCUACCCUUCUACCAAGGAUAUAAUUGUGUUUGCUGAAACUUUUGGGCUUCCAAGUCAGGAGAGUGAUGUCAACCUUAUGUAUUAGCUGUUGUAUACAUCUUUUUACUUUUUCUCAACUUCAAGUCAGAUGAGCUCAUGAUGUCAAGCUAAUAAUCAGUACUUAUUCAUGCGAUUUUGCUAAUGUUUUGCACUUUUUUGACAUCUAAGUGCAAUGAAAACUGCUUGGUUUGGUUUCUUCAAUAAGAGGGCAAUAAAUGGAUAGUUUCGACUUUUAGUUAUUAA